CCCCACCUGCCAGACACUCGGACUUGGCAAACUAGGACCUUUCUUUCUUCCCUGUUGAAUUCGGCUCUGCUCUAUCCACUCUGCUCACAAGUCACAAGGGAGGUAGGAGUAGACUGGAGAUUUGGGGCUCACCUGCUCCUCAGAGUCCAGCCAAUUUUUGGGUUCACCUACUACUGUAUCUCAUCGUCAUCUGUUUUGAGGAGGACGACAAAGCAGCGUCCAUGGCGACAGCGAGGCCCAUCCUGUACAACGCCUGGAUCAGCUCCUGCUCCCACCGUGUCCGCAUCGCUCUCAACCUCAAAGGUGUGGACUAUGAGUACAAGUCAGUAAAUCCCAGGACAGACCCAGAUUAUGAAAAAAUCAACCCAAUAAAAUAUAUUCCUGCACUAGUAGAUGGGGACAUAGUCGUUUCCGACUCUCUUGCCAUCUCAUUGUAUUUGGAAGACAAAUAUCCUGCACAUUCUCUCCUGCCUAAAGAUCUGAAGAGGAAAGCUCUUAAUCUUCAGAUUGCUAGCAUAGUUUGUUCAAGCAUUCAACCUCUUCAAGGCUAUGCCGUUAUUGGUUUGCAUGAGGGAAGCAUGAGCCCUGAUGAGGGCCUUCAAAUUGUUCAGCGUUAUACUGACAAGGGAUUCAGAGCGAUUGAAAAGCUUUUGGAUGGAUGCGAGAGUAAAUAUGCUACUGGAGAUGAUAUCCAAUUGGGUGAUGUGUUUCUAGAGCCACAGAUCCAUGCCGGCAUAAAUCGCUUCCAAAUUGAUAUGUCAAAGUACCCGAUUUUGGCAAGACUUCAUGAUGCAUACAUGGAAAUCCCCGCAUUUCAAGCUGCGCUUCCGAAAAAUCAGCCAGAUGCACCGUCAUUGUAAAGAAUCAAGAUUACCAUGCUACAUCAAAAUCCAUGCUUUUCAAUAAUAAGUUGGAAGAGAAGCUCUCGCGGGCUGCUGGCUUUUGGAGCUCGCUCUCAGCCAGCAAAUCCGGGUUCGAGCCCUGCCUCCUUCCAAGUGCAAUGCAAGGAGGCGGUCUACCUCUUCCCGUCUCAUUUUUUUAAUAAUAAGUUGGAAGAGUUUGUUCAAACAAUAAUAAUUUGGAAGGAUGGUGAAAUCCGGGUUCGAGCCCUGCCUCCUUCCAAGUGCAAUGCAAGGAGGCGGUCUACCUCUUCCCGUCUCAUUUUUUUAAUAAUAAGUUGGAAGAGUUUGUUCAAACAAUAAUAAUUUGGAAGGAUGGUGACUGCUUCAACAUUGGGUUGGAUGUUAGCUUACCCAAUCAUGAAGACUCCGGCAUAUGUUUAAGCAAUUCACUGUUUCCUGUGUAUA